CCAAGCUUCACCUGCAGCGGCUUGUCGGCGGCGGGAAGAGGAGAGGAGGACACGGAAAGACAGGAAAAUAACACCAAAAUAAGGCCAAAGGACACAAAAAGCGGAGGAGAUAAAAAAAGACAAGAGGACGAGCUUUGUUUCCGGCCAAGAUGUGUCUUCACAUCUAUGGAGCGCUGGCUGGGAAUUGAAGCAAGCGACAUGGUGCCUUUGAGCAAGGCGUUGAAGACCAAAGUGAUAGAAGACAUGUCAGCGCUGUUAGACGUUGUCCUGCACUGACUCCGCCUCCUUUCCUCCACCACAACCUACAACAACUCCAUGAAAGAACAGCUGGCCCAGGUGACGCAGGUGAUGUGGAACGAGAAGGUCAGCCCACCUGAUACUGGACAGGGUGAUAUCGGCAAUGAUAUCAGCAGUGUCACAGGAAGUGUGUCCGGCUGUGCAGCGUCCAGUAUCAGUCCCCAGCUGCUCGCCUCUCUGCAGGCCCUCGGAGACAACGCCGAUCUCACACUGCUGCCACACUCGCUGCACCAGAUUGCUGAAGCCUGUUCACUCCAAGAGGAUUACCAGUUGGCCCUCCAGCUCCUACAGUUGGAGACGAUCUACCAUCAACGUGUGCUCCACAACCUCAGUGCCCUGGAGGACAAGUGGGAGAGCCAGUGGAAAGAAAAGAACCCUGACUACAGUCUGCCCACUGAAACAGAUGACAGCCAGGAACACAUGACGACUCUGAGACACCUGUGCAGGACACACCUGGAACCAUCCCUCAGUGGGGCAAAGAAACCACUGAAUAUUACACUGACAGACCUGUGCAACAAGGCGUCCCAGCAGGGAGCAGGAGACGAGGAGGGAAGGAUGGAGUCCAAGUCCGCUGGUCCAAAGGGAGGAGACGUAAAGCAGGAAGACAAGGCCGAGGAGGAGGAGGAUGAAGAGGAGGAGGUGAAGGUGGAAUGGCCAACAGGAGUCCCUCAGGCGUCCGACAAGGACCUGGCCAAGCUCUGCAGUGGAGACACGAGUCUGUCCCCCGAUGGUCUGGUUUCUAUACUGAAGAGGAGGAGAGCGUCCCUGGAUGGACUGCCUCCCCCUGGAGACAUGGACACCAACAUCAACCCCAAACGCAAAGUUCGCUUCUCCGAGCCCGAGGACGCAAAUGAACAAGAUGAGAUGGGCGGAGACUCCUGCCUGACACUGCUGCUGCUCUGUCUGGUUACCAUGGUGAUCUCCGUGGGCGGCACCGCCCUCUACUGCUCCCUGGUGGACGAGCACGCCAACAUCUGCUCGGACCUGGCGCUCAACGUGGACUUCCUGGUAGGCCACAUACGCGUCUUCUUUGAACAACUGCCACACUGGCGGCCUCACGCCACAUAAAACAUCUUCAAGUACUUCUUGGAGUACUUGGACAUCAUGGACUACUUUUAUUGGCCGUCACACUUUCAGACAUAAGUGGGAAACGUUUCCUUAUUUCUCGCAAGGUGCUUACUGCUUUCACUGAUUGUGUGAAUGUCCAAGCAUUCACACAAUAUACGAUUCUACACCAAAAAAUCCAUUCUUCUUCUUCUCCUUCUUCUUCUUCCUCUUCUUCUUCUUCUUCUUCUUCUUCU